UCGGUGGGUCCCUGUGACUUUGUGUCAUAACCUUCAGCUGGCACAUGCAGCUAGGCACAUGUUCACCUGCUUGCAGCUACAGACUGAUGUGGGAGGGGAGCCUCCCGCUCCUUGACUUACGGUGUCCUCUGUGCCAGAGCGAGGGAGGCAGAGCGGAUAGGCAGAGGGGAGGGAGGGAGUGGCCGAGGCAGAGGAGAGCGGAGCAGGGUGGAGAAAGGGCCGGCAGUGGAUGCUGUGCAGCUGGCACCGGUCAGUCUCACCCGGAGCUCAGCCUCUCACUUCGGCGGGUAAGAGGCGGCGGCCGGCUGACAGCAGCAUCCUGCACCAACUAGUCCCUUGUUCGCACAUCACUUCCAGGAGGAGGGGAAGGCGGAGGGCAGGGGACCGGUCCCGGCUUGUAGCACCGGCGGCGCCGUGCGGGCUGCACUCAUGCAAACCACCUUCUGCCCCGGCCCGGCGGGGGAGAGCGCUGCACCCCGCAUGAAUGACGAAUAUACUCCAUCUGAAGCAUAAAAGUACUUGAUUCUGGAAAAGCACGUGAAAACACCUUUAGCGUUAAAAUCAGGAAGAAGUAUGAAAGAACAGUCUGUCUGAUACUGAAUUUCUGGGCCACAACAUCUUGCAGAGAACAAAAAUGGCUCUUUCUAAAAACACUGUUGCAAGUAUCCUCGAAGACUGGUGUUUGGAGGAACCACUGUUUAGGUGUAGAAGGCAACAGAAUGUCAGGAAAAAACUGAGACUGAUACGAAUAAUAGGUUUUUUCAUGAGUAUAAUGGCCAUUAGCACUUUCUCUCUUUCAAUUAGUGCCUUUUUCAAGAUGGAGCCACAUAGCACAGAGAUGACCAGCAGUCUAGGUAGCCAAAAGUCAAUGCAUGGGCAUCAAAGAACUCUGCUGGAUGUCAAGGAACAGAAUCAAAAUGGCACUCCAGAUCCACCUAUUUCUAUGAAAUAUGAAACUGAACACAAUCAUGCAAAAGGAGAACACUCCAAGGGAGAGUACCCAGAAGACCUUUUUUCUCUUGCGGAAAGAAGAAGGGGGGCAGUAAUCCUCCAUAUCCUGGGAAUGAUUUACAUGUUCAUAGCCUUAGCCAUAGUCUGUGAUGAAUUCUUUGUUCCUUCACUGACUGCCAUCACUGAGAAGCUAGCCAUAUCUGAUGAUGUGGCUGGGGCAACAUUCAUGGCUGCGGGUGGCUCAGCUCCAGAACUCUUCACAUCUUUGAUAGGAGUCUUUAUAUCUCACAGCAAUGUUGGCAUUGGAACAAUAGUAGGAUCUGCAGUAUUCAAUAUCCUGUUUGUUAUUGGAAUGUGUGCUUUAUUUUCUAGAGAGAUCUUGAACCUUACCUGGUGGCCACUCUUUAGGGAUGUGUCCUUUUAUAUCAUGGACUUGAUCUUGCUAAUAAUCUUUUUUUUGGAUAAUUUAAUCAUGUGGUGGGAGAGCUUAACACUACUGACAGCUUAUUUUUGUUAUGUGACUUUCAUGAAAUUCAACGUUCAAGUAGAAGAAUAUGUGAAAAAAAUUUUAAACAGGAACAAAGUUGAGAAGGUAACAACAGCAGAUUCUGAACAGAAGCAGCCACCUAAUGCUGGGGACAAGGAUGACCAAACACUGACGACCAAGCCACGGCUCCAGCGAGGCGGGAGCUCUGCAUCUCUCCACAACAGUCUAAUGAGAAACAGCAUUUUUCAGCUGAUGAUUCACACGCUUGACCCACUUGCCGAAGAGCUUGGAUCAUAUGGAAAGCUAAAAUAUUAUGACACAAUGACUGAAGAAGGAAAGUUCAAAGAGAAGGCCUCAAUUCUCCAUAAGAUUGCCAAAAAGAAGUGCCAGGUGGAAGACAGUGAAAGACGGAACGGGGCUGCUAAUCAUGCUGAAAAAAUUGAACUCCCAAAUACUGCAAAAGUGGAAGUUGAAGUAACACCACCAAAUGAUGGUUCAGGACCAGUGCAAAAUGGAAACAUUGUCCAUGGAAUUGAAGAGAAUUCAGAAGAUGAUGAUGAAGAGCAGCCUCUCAGCCUGGCCUGGCCUGACACCUUACGCAAACAGCUCAUCUAUCUUGCUGUUUUCCCCAUUGUUUUUCCAUUGUGGAUUACCCUGCCAGAUGUCAGAAAGCCUUCCUCCAGGAAAUUUUUUCCUGUCACAUUCUUUGGAGCAAUCACUUGGAUAGCAGUUUUUUCUUAUUUAAUGGUCUGGUGGGCACAUCAGGUUGGUGAGACCAUUGGCAUUAGUGAAGAAAUCAUGGGAUUGACUAUGUUAGCUGCAGGCACCUCUAUCCCUGACCUAAUUACCAGUGUUAUUGUGGCACGAAAAGGCCUAGGUGAUAUGGCAGUAUCCAGCUCUGUUGGAAGCAACAUCUUUGACAUCACAGUGGGCCUUCCCUUUCCAUGGCUCAUGUAUGCUGCAAUUAACAGCUUCGCCCCAGUGACUGUCAGCAGCAAUGGAUUGUUCUGUGCUAUUGUCCUCCUCUUCAUUAUGCUACUCUUUGUCAUCCUCUCCAUUGCGCUCUGCAAGUGGAGGAUGAAUAAAUUCUUGGGCUUCACCAUGUUUGGUCUCUAUUUCAUAUUCCUGAUCGUCAGUGUCCUUCUGGAGGACAAAGUAAUCUUGUGCCCCGUCUCCAUCUAGUAGGAAGUGCCGUUUCUCGAACAAAAGAAAUAUCUGCAAUGGACAGCGUCCCCUGAGAAUAAACAGUGGAUCCACAACCCUUACAAAAAUAAAUAAAUACAGAGGAUAAAAAGGGCUGGAUUUGAAGUGGAAAAAUUAUUCGGCUGAUGCAUUUGCUAUUGAACAAAACAGAUACAUGUAAGAGGUGAGAUCAGCUACCUUUAGUCUUCUUUGCAUGUCACUUGGAAGAUCUCACUGUUCACUGACAGAGGUCCUGUAUGUGUGCUAUAACAAUGCAAGUUAUUAUAUAUACUACACAUAUGCUAUGUUUCCCCGUAUCUCUCUUUCUCUAUAUUAAUAUAUGCCUACAUGUGGAAACAAAGAAUAAUAUAUACAUACAGGUAUAACCUUGCAAGGAGAACGCUAGUAUCCAUUUUGGGGAAACACAAACCUCUAGUUUGGGAUUUAUCUAGUUACCUGUUGAAUGUAUCAGUGGAAGAUGUUAGCCAACAGCAUCUGCGUGAGUAACAGAUAGAAAAGGACUUACGCAUCUCUUCAUUCAGAUGGACUCAUAUGCUGUGAGCUUGCACACGUUUUGGACAGCCACACUGCGGACCUUUAGAAGCCCUUGGCAAAGUGAACAUGAUGUUUCAAUAGAAUCCUGCUAAACCCUGCAGUGUCCAGACACUCUGGCCCUAGCACUGAUUGUGCAUGGUAGGCUGACUCAUGAUAGUCAAAGGUGAAACCCAAACUGGGGAUUUGAAACCCAAACUGGCCUCUUCUAGCACCAUCCCAGCAUGCGAGUAGAAAACACAACUGCGAAGUGAAUUCACUACUUUUCUAUAGUGCAGCACUACUGUAAAGAGUACCAAUGUCUUUCUGAUGCUAUCACCACUAUCAGCUUGCCUUUCCAUAUGAGAAAGAAGGCUGGAUUUGUUUGUGUGGAGUAUUUCAUAUAAAAUUUAGAUGCAGCUGCAUGAUGGGACGCUGCCUACUUGCCGAACUGAAUAUCCUUUUAUAGUCUAUUUUCCACCAUAAUUUGCCAUGAAUAAGUCCUUUACUGUUGCAUACUUUCUUAUCAGCUUUGGGGCAGAUCCUCAGCUUAUGUAAAUUGUCACAGCUCCAUAAUGAAGUUAUGAUAAUUUAUUCCAGCUGAGGAUCUGCCCCUGUAAGUCUGAGAACUUAGCACAGGGGAUCUAACAAUUGUAAUAUGGAGGGAUUGCCGUAUGAAACCGAGGCAGGAAUCUUCUAGAGUCGCUGAAGUGUUAGCAUGUCUUAAUUAUGGUGGUCUAAGGGGGCCCAUGAAAGAAGAGAGCCCAUUCCUGCUCAUAUUGAAGUCAUGAGAGGAGAAGUAGGUCCAAAACUAGAACAAAAAGGGCCCAGGAAAGAGAGAGAAAUCAGUGUUCCUACAGAGAAAGAUUUUACAUUUCCUAUAGUUGGAUGUAAAACGGGACACUUGAAAUCUGAGUAAAAAUUAUUUUAGGUAAUGCCUGUUUGUUUUUUCCAAGGUCUGUGUUUGGUUAGAGUUGAUGCAAUUUCAUUGUGUAUCUGUUUUCCAAAAGUGACCCAUUUCAGAGUUGUUUCUGGUUGAAAUCCCCCCCUGCCGUGGAAAUAUUAUGCCCAGGACUAUAAACGGCGGGUUCAGCACAUUUUGGUUUGUUGAGUGUUCUGAUGUUAUGGCCAGGCUUUUCUUUCUGUAUCCCAUGCGUUCAGCACUUUUGCCCCUCACUGUAUUCCUGGUAUGUAUGUUUAUAUCUCUACGUAACUAAAUCUGCGUAGAGCAUAAAAACGGAGAAAACAACAGUGGAUCAAACAGUAAGAAAUAUAUAUUUAUAACAAAAAUUAAAAAGUUUAUAUAAUUAAAGUUAAGCUAUUAAUGAACAAAAGUAAGAAAAUUAAGAGUUAUAGUUACUACAGAGUCUACUACUCACUUCUUGUGCCUAGGAUUUAAUACCUAGGUACAGAAUUGCAUACAAAGUCAGAUUCUGCUCUUAAUUAUACACCUGCCGUGCCCUUUGCAUUUUCAGUGGGGCUUGUGCCUGUGUAACGGUGAGCAGAAGUUUGCCCGGUGUAUUUCAUAUCACCUAUUGCUCUGAAAUCCCCUUAUCUGUGCUACAGUGUUACCUACAGUGGUACCACUGGCACCAUGCACUAGUUUUUAAACGGAGACAGCCCUAUGUACAAGCAGGUGUACAUACUUACAGUGACCUCAGCAGAAAGCCAUGGAAGUCCCUGUGAGGAAAAAACGCAGGGCCCAAAUUCUGAACUCAGUUAUCCCUCUAAAAUCCCACUGAUCUCAGAGGGUUUUCUCAGGUAUAAGUGAGGGUAGAAUUGGCCCCAACUCUUUUAUGUAUCCUGAGGGAACCACCAAAUCAUUUGUGAUAUCUUAGAUGACAAUACUAACAGAAGCUUUAUCUAACAAAAACAAAGGUUUCAAGUGGCCCCAGGGCUUCUUCCCGUCGAUGAGAGGAAUAAAAGGAGCUGGUGACCACAAAGAGUAUGUGCAGGACUUUGUGAGUGUGUUGCACCUUUAAGUGAGGCGUCUGUGUGUAUGUGUAAUCAUAUACAAUAUACUGAGCUGCACAAACUCACAAGAGGACACGCAUUUUGCUGAAGGUACAAUACAUAUCUGAAUAGUACCAGAAACAUCUAGCAAGGUGCAUUGUGAUGAAAAGUCUUUUCUGCAAUGCUAUGAAACAACUCACAAGACUGUACUUUAAAGCAGACACAUCAUGUUUCAAAUGAGAUUUAAAAUCUUCUUACACUGGACUAGGUGAGUCACUCCUUCAAGUGAUAUUCUUUCCCCGUUAGAAGAUGACAUUGACCUUGAAUUGUUGGUCCAGGUGGACAGACCCCAGGUUCAACGUCUCACAUUUCCUGAAAAGCCUAACAGUUUCCUGCAGCUGUUUUUCCCCAUUACCCAAAAGGUCUUGGUGCAGGCACAACACUGAAAGGAGAAAUUCAGGGAGGUAGGAAGGAGAGAGAAGAGAGAUCUGACAAAAAUUAAUACAUUUUUAAUUCAAAAGAAAGUUAGAAUUGACCAGUAUAAUUAAACAAACUAGUGAAACAUAUUUAUUCAGGCUGAUCUUCCAAGCAUGGCUUAUAUGCAGAUAAGGGGCUUUGCACAGCCACAUGAGGCAUAAAUUGGAUCAUGCAGUCAAAACUAGCAGAAAAACUCACAAGCAAGCAGUGGCUACAGAGGUACAUGUCAUGUGUUGUAAUGAUGGAUUUCUAUUUAAUAGGAAAUUAUCUUUCAGGCAUGGCACAGAAAUCAUUUUAUAAAGACAGGAAGUAUUUAAUGUUCAGGUAGUUCUAUACCAAGUGACCAACGGAGCUGGCUUACAAAGGCAUUUGGGGCUGUUUAGUUUAAAAAAAAAAUUCAAACACACCUGUUUGACAUUUAAAACAAUAAAACACACAAGACCAGAUUUUGAUCUCAGUUCAGUGCACUAAAGCUCUCAGUGUAGUUACUCCACAUUUAUACGAGUUCAACUACCAUCAGAAUCUGUUCCACGCACAGAAGGGGAAAAGCCACCAUUCCGAUUUACAUCUACGACAGGAGUUGCAGUAGGAGAGCUAUGACGUGCUCUGGAGAGUAAAGUCAUUAGCAGCUGAUUAUCGAACAGCACUGGGGCCUGGUAGAGAAAGAACAAUAAUUUUUUCAAGAUGGUAUUCAGUGAAAAUGUUUCAGACCAAUGGUCACAUAGACAAUUCUAAGGAGAGUUUUUGAGGAGGCCUAGUGACUGGCAUACUGUAACGGCAUUUGCAUGCUGUGUUAAAAUAUCUGACUCAUUCUUUCCCUUUCAAGGAAGUUGGUGGAGUUAGAUUGCCUCUGCCAACACAUUCAUCUUGGAAGGCAUUAAAAGUGAUUCCCUGCCCCUGCCCCAAGAACAAGAAAACUCGCAGGUUCUGCUGCCUUGUGUAUAUCAGGCAAAUCAUUAUUCAAAUGAUGGCAUAAUAGUGCUGUGGGUGGCAGCUCUGGUCCAGCGGUAAUAGGAGACAGCUCUGCUCUCUGGGUGUUUUCUGUGAAGUAAUCUAAUGUUUUAUGGAAGCUGGCUGUGAAAGCUGAUUAUAAUACUUAUCAAGACAGCCUUUUACAUAACUGGCUGAGUAAACUAUUUCAGGAGACUGUCUUCUUGAUGUUCUCUUCCAUUAUUAGUCAAUAGCUUUAUUGGUACAGGAAGGAAAGAAUUGGCAUUGGAAGGGAAACAUGUCUCUUCAUCACACAGAGAAAGAAUUUGAAAGUCUUGAAACUGGAGAGCUGACAGGACAUCAUAAAUUUGCUGUAACUCAAUUUAUUGAAAAUCCAUAAUAAGUCCAGGCUUCAGAUUCAUUUUUGUGAAAAAUGUAUGAUAUCUGAUAGGAAAUCUCAGUUUUACAACUGUAGCAAAUUUACUAGGAGCCAAAUUCUCAUAUCUUUACAUUAAGCUACACCUUAUUCUGUGACCAGUCCCAUUGAAAUCGAUGACUCUAUUCAAUGAGUAAGUUGUUAUUCGUGCAUAAGGGUUUCAGAAUCUGGCUGUAAUGUAGUAUGAUUAACAAUCAUACAAUCAGUAAGGUAAUUAAUCACUCCCAUAUACAUUUCUGAGUUUUUUACCCCAAACAGUAAACAUAGGUUCCUGCCGGCCUCAUACAGGUAAAACUCUAAAUGACUCCUAUGGGGAUUUGAACCUGCAUAGUAAUUGCAGGAUCAAGCCUACAGAGCCAAAAUUCUGUACUGACUUACACCCCAUUGGCUACCUCAUGGAGGCUGUCUGAGUAUAAAUUAACAUAUACGUUGGUGCUGUGGCCCAAAUUUUGUUCUCAUUUCUAGAAGUGUCAAUCCCAAAUAACUCCAGAUUUAUAUUAGUAUAAGUGAAAUCAGAGCCUGAUCCUAAAACGUGAAGUUGAAUAACCCAAAUGCAUUACUUUAGCACAACUCCAUUUGACAUUACUAGAAAUGGACACAAUUCUUGCGAGAAACCACCUAAGUUCCCAUAGAACUUAAAUGGUAUCAUGGGCCAGAUUACCAGAUAAUGCAAAUCUGCAUAGCUCCACUAACUUCAGUGGGACUACGCCAGUUUCUACCAUUUGAGGCUCUGGCCCCAUAUUUGCAAAAUUCUGCUUAGGUCCUACAAGUGUUUGCUAGUUACAGAAAAACACCAGUUGCGCAGACAACUGUGCUGGGAACUCUGGGGUGGGUAAUUUGGAUGCAUUGAACUGUGGUGCUUGGAGAUACUGCUGUGUCAACAUGCAAAAAUCUUUACAGGAACAAACAGUUCAGGCAACAUUAACUGUAACAUUUUACUGUGAGCCAGUUUAGUUUCCAAAUGCAGAGAGUCCUUCUGUGUCUGUGUGCCUGUCUGUAUUCUGCUUGUUUGGUCAAUUGAUCUCACUGUCUACAUGUUCCUAGAGCAUAGAAUUAAAAUACGCUGGUGACACAAGUUAUUCAGAUGCUUAUCAAGAGGUCAUGUAUAAUAUCGGUUAUGGUAAUGCACCUACCAUGUAGCGUGCAUCACAUACUCUGAAGAAUUUUGUGGUCACUAUACUAAUACAGUAUUACUGUUAUCACUAUACAUAAAGAUCUACCAGAAAAUAAGUUACAUAUGUGAUUACCCUGAAUUCUAUAAAGAUUUGAAGUCCCUAGAAAACUUUUUAAAUGGGAUAUUUUAUGCACCUAUCGUUUUUUCCACUAUAUCUUUCAAGGAAUAUGGGAAAUAUGGCUGCUUAACAGGGAUUCUGAAAAAUGGCAUCAUGUCAUUCCAUAUUUAUUGGGUCAUUGAUUCUAUAUCACGCUUAUUUUCUAACUGUCAGCCUUAAAACUCAGCCUAGGAUCCGAGAUUCAAGCUUAGUUCUUUCUUUCUCACAUGUCAUAACCUGUAAUAAAGUUUCUGCAGGCCAAAUUAGGCUUUCAGUGACAUUUAGGCAACCACAUUGCCUUCAGUAAUGUUACAUUACACAGGUUGGAUUGGAAUGUCGUAAACACUUGUUGAUGCACAGAAAGGAACAGAAGCCAACUCACUCAUUAAUAACUGUAUUGGCUGUGCAAAGCUAAUGGGAGUAGAAAAAAAAAUUUAAGUACCUUGGAGCUCUGACUUCAUGGAGUUCCAUUAAUAUGCUGUUUGAUAUUAGAAAUAAACAGGCUGGGACAAAUUUUGUUCCAUUACACCCAUACUGAAAUCACUGGGGUUUCAAAGGUGUAAAUGAGAGCAGAAUUGGACCUAAUGGAUGUAGCAAAAAAGAUAAAAUAUUUAUUUGACUGUCAUUAUUUUGGGUGACAUUGAUUUUAAGAAAUGCUGUUUAUCCAUAUAAACAUUGUGAAUUUUUUUUAUAAGGAAUUGGGAAAGACUGAGAUCAUCUUGUUGAGUAAACAAAUUAUGCAUGCUCCCUGAAAGAAGAGUUAGACCCCAAUGGUUUUAGAUACUGAGUCUGACUCUGCUGACCAGUUCAAUAUUGUCUGGUUUUGGCCUAAUAUUAUCUUGCUCUUAACUAGUCAGUUCAUUGAAGCUAAUGGAUUUGCAUGAGGGUAUGAAUCAGGACACACCAUGUCCGGGUGUGAAAUCCAGGUCCCACUGAAAUCAACAGAAAUUUUGCCAUGGACGUCUGUGAGGCCUGGAUUUUACCCCUGGAAUCUAUGUGGUUUUGACACACAGGCAAAAUAGGUGUAAUUGUAAAGGGAGUUGUGUACAUUUUAUUGAAGAGAAAAAUAGACAACGUAAAAUAUAUACAGGGACAGUUUAGAGCAUAUAAUCAACACUAAUUACAGAUAGAUGUAAUAGUUUAAACACUUGUAUUUUGGGAAGUUGUUUUCCUUCCCUUGUAAAUAAGAUUAAGCAAUUAAUAAAUUGAUAGUGAGUGUGUUUUUCUUGGACCAAUUGAUUCUGUUUCAUAUUUUUCUGUUUCCUGGGAAGUUUAAUAUGAAUGAGAUGGGUAGCUUGAGGUAUCGCAAAUGUAUAAAAUAAUUUGAAUAACUUUAGCCUAGAAGUUUUUUAUCCUAAUUUGAGCAUUUAAGGUUGAUUCAAGUUGUGCAUAGAUUUUGCACUGGCCUUCUGCACAGGAGUUAAUUUCACUCAUCAAAAUGAGCCUUCUUAAUUUGUUACCAUAAGUACAGAAAUGUCAGAGUAUCGGUCUUAAUCACUUCCUGUAUGAAUGAAAUCAAGAAGUAGCCGACCAAAACCUUCCAGACCAAAGUUAUACAAAUCAUUGUACCCAUACGACAUAAAUGCCAUAUAUAAGAUGGUCCCAUACUCCUUAUGUAGACAAAGCUCGUACUAGGCCUAUUGUGUGUUUUUAUUCAUAAUUUCAUGAAGACUAAAUAGCUCUAAACAAGAUGCCCUGCAGAAUAAGACGUUUAUAUAUAUAAAACCUCAUGUACAGUAGGUUUACCCACUCCUAACACAUAUAUGUGCGCACACACACACUAUGUAUAUGAGUUAGGAGUGGGUAACGCUACUGUACAUGAGUAUAGAUUUACAGCGAAUUCUCCCUAUCAUCAAACCAGAGUAACCCAAAUGAAAUGUGUAUGUAUGUUUAAAGAUAUUGCACUUUAUAGUAUUUUACGUUGCAUAAUAUUCUUAGUGUAAAGUAAGGCCAUUUAAGAAAAGACAGCUCAUUUUUGGAUUUCUGAAUAUGGGCAUUAAUUUUUAAAUAAAUAAUCUAUUAUGCGUCUCUGUUACAUAAUGUUUAAUAUAAAAUCUUGUUAAGUCAGUCAUCAUAUGUUAUCAAAAUGCUGACACUUUCUUACAAAUAUGAGACAAUCCUAUCUUCUGAUGAAAAAAAAGACAAAACAGGAAUCAAAUGUUAACGUGGUAAUUAACAUAAUGACCUCAGCUAGGUAGAAUAACACAUAUACGCUGUUCCAUCUUCUACCCUCAGUUACACAAGCACAACUUUACUAAAGACAAUGAGGUAAGAGAGAGCAGAAUUUGCCCAUAUUCUUAAUAUUUGCAGCAUGACUUUACAAAAUGAUAUGCAUUAUUUUGCAGCAAGGCAUUUAAUCCUGCAGCAAUGCUGCAGUCCUUGUACACCCAAACCUGGAUGUUUUGGGUUUGCAAAGAAUUCAGUCUCAGGCCUAAUAUGGCAAUUAAGUCACAUCACUACUCUAAUAUAUUCCCCAAAUGAAACCUCAGUAAAAUAAGCACCUUGUGUUUUAAGUUUACAGACACUAUGAUACUUCUAUCACAUAAUUCCUAGAGUAUCUUAAAUUCUCCAGGGUCAAACUAUCUGCUGCAUCGCAACAACUUUGAAAUUAUUGUCAAAAAUAAGCAUUGCAGAUGUUACUUUUUUGUUUUUGUUAUCUGGUCUCAGUUCCUCAUAAUGGGCGGCCUCCUGCAAUCCUGAAUCCAAUGAGGCUACUCACAGGAGUAAGAACUACUUAUGUUAGUAAGAAUUUGCAAGAUCAGGCCCAUAUGUUGUCACUUGAAAAAUUUAGUAGUAUGUUAUAAAUGACAACUAGAUGUUAUUUUUGUAAUAAAGUAUUUUUUUUUAAAUGCAGCAGUUUUCAAACUCUUCCUUCCUUUAUUUUUAACUUAAAGGAAAAAAAAUCUGGAGCCCUAGCCUUAUUUAUUUAUUUAUUUAUUUAUAUAAAAUAAUCUUUUGUCAUGGAAAACCGAUUCAUGUAGCCCCGAGAUAAUUACAAGCUUGUGAGUGUGUGUGUGGGUGUGUAUGUAUUGAUCCUUAUUCACUGAAUGAAACUGUACUAUAACUCUGCAUUGAUAUAUUCUCUGAAUACAAGUUUGUACAUAGUAUGAAAGCUAUAUUUAUUUAUACAUAGGCUCUUGGAAAUAAUCCCUUCCUGUCAAAUGUAUUACUUCUCUAUAACUACAGAACUUUUCACUGUGCUUGUGUAUUCUCUUUCACACUAAUGUAUCAUCCUUGUACUACUGAUAAUCAGCUCCUCAUAUAAGUCACUUUAUGUAACUAAGUCUUCUGAGUGUGAAAUAUAAAAAAAAGACUUAAACGGA